AUGGCGACUCCGGACAAAUUGCCAACCCGUCCGCUGGGUAGACACGGGCCUCUGCUUCCGCGCAUCGGCUUGGGGCUGAUGGGCGCCAGUGGCGUAUACGGUAUGCCUCUGGAUGAGGACAAGAUGCUGAGAUUGCUGGACGAGGCAUACGCCAAAGGCGAGACGUUUUGGGAUACCGCGGAUAAGUACGGUGCGUCCGAAGAGAUCCUCGGAAAAUGGUUCGCGGCGAACCCGGACAAGCGCCAGAAUGUCUUCCUGGCCACCAAAUUCGGGAUUCGCCCCUCCUCCGAGUCGCCGCACGGAUACAAGAUGGACUCGACGCCCGAGUACUGCCGCCAGUCGCUGGAACGAUCGCUGAAACGCCUGGACCUGCCCUAUGUGGACCUGUACUAUGUCCAUCGCUUGGAUAAGAUCACCCCCAUCGAGAAGACAAUGGAAGCCCUGGUGCAGUUGAAGCAGGAGGGGAAGAUCAGGUUUAUCGGGCUGAGCGAGUGCAGUGCCGAGUCGCUGCGCCGGGCGCAUGCCGUGCACCCCGUCACCUGUGUGCAGGUGGAGUACAGUCUGUUCUGCCUGGCCAUCGAGUCGCCCGCGAUUCGACUCCUGGAGACCGCACGGGAGUUGGGGGUGGGGAUCGUGGCGUACAGCCCGCUCGGAAAUGGGCUGUUGGGCGGCAGUCUGCGUUCCCGCCAGGAUGUCAGUCGGCCCGGCGAUUCACGGGGAGUCUUGCCGUGGCUGCGUGAGAAGAACAUCGUCAAGAACCUGACGGUGGUGGACAAAAUCGCCGACAUUGCCAAACAGAAGGGGGUCACUACCGCGCAACUGGCGCUGGCCUGGAUCUUCGCGCAGGGCGACGACAUUUUCGCGAUUCCCGGAACCACGAGACCCGAGCGCUUGGACGAGAACCUGGGAAGCGUCUCAAUACCUGUGUCGGGGGAUGAGGACAGCUCACUUCGGCUGUUGGCUAAGGAGGUUGCUGGGAUUCGGUUUCAAGCGCUGACAGGAUAUGACUUUGCGAAUACUCCGCCGUUG